AUGCCUCUCUGGCAAAUCUACCACCCUCCUGGCGUCUUCGAGGACGCCGAGACCAAAGCCGCCCUGGCCGCCGACAUCACCAACCUCUACACCUCCGUCGGCCUCCCAGCCUUCUACGUAGUCGUCCACUUCAACACAAUCUCCCCCACCAACGUCUACGUCGGCGGCACCAGCAAAGACCAAACCCCCAAACCCUUCAUCCGCAUAAUCAUCAAGCACAUCGCCAUCCGGCUCGACAACGACACGGAAACGUACAGAAGAACAGCAGGCAUGAUCGACAAGGCCAUCAAAACGCACAUUUACGACAAAGAUUACGAUUGCGAGUAUCAUGUUGAAGAGACCGAGAGGAAUCUGUGGAAGUUUAACGGGUUGAUUCCGCCAGAGCAUAAGAGUGAGGAGCAUGAGGUUUGGGUCAGGGAGAAUAAGCCUUUGUCUUAUGAGGGUGCU